GCCGGCGACCGGAGGUGGGGAGCCUCAUGUUGACGCUCCCUCUGACAGGUACUCUCCGCCGCGAUGAGGCUCCGACUGGCCGGGGUCGUGCUGCUGGCGGCGGCCGCCUACUACAUCUACCUGCCGCUGCCGAGCGGCGUGUGCGAGCCGUGGAAGCUGAUGCUGCUGGACGCGGUGUUCCGACCCACCUUGCUGGCGGGUGACAUUGCUCACGAGCUGGGCCUGUGCCACCGGAUCCACCUGCUGAACCGGCUGGUGUGCCUGGUCGAAGACGUCGACGCUCGAUCCUCCGCCACCUUGCAAGUGACCGACACCCUGCUGGGCGGCAUCCCCCGGGUCUUUCAGCCGAAGGGGGGGAAGAAGCUGAAGAGAGCGGUCCUGUAUUACCACGGGGGAGGAUGGGCUCUCGGCAGCAUGCGGAUGACCUCUUACGACUACAUCUGCCGGACGCUGGCUGAGGAGCUGGAUGCUGUCGUCAUGUCUGUCGAUUACCGCCUGGUUCCAGAGGCGGUGUUCCCAGAUCAGUACGAGGAUGCGAUGGCGGCGGCGCGGGCCUUCCUGUCCGAGGAGGUGUGCCAACGCUACGGCAUCGACCCCGAGAGGACGUGUGUGUCCGGAGACAGCGCCGGGGGAAAUCUGGCUGCUGCCGUGUCUCAGGGGCUCGCCUUAGACGACGCCCAGAAGGUGAAGUUUAAGAUCCAGGCCCUGAUCUACCCGGUGCUGCAGACUCUGGACUUCCACACGUCGUCCUACCAGCAGAACCAGGCCGUGCCCAUCCUCCACCGCCACAUCAUGAUCCGCUUCUGGCUGCAGUACCUGGGCGGAGACUCGUCCCUGGAGCCCGUGCUGCUCGCCAACAACCACAGCGCCCUGGACGAGCCGGCCGUCACCGCCGCCAUGCGCUCCAGGGUCAGCUGGACCGCCCUGCUGCCGCCCACCGGGCGGGGCAGGCGCUUCGAGCCGCUGGUCCAGAAAACGGGCACCCCGGGCGUGGUGGGCAGGUUGCCCGCGCUCACGGACGUGAGGGCGGCGCCGCUGCUGGCCGAGUCGGAGGUCCUGAGCAGGACCCCCAAGGCGUACGUGAUGACCUGCGAGUUCGACGUGCUGCGGGACGACGGGCUGAUGUACGCCAGGCGCCUGCGGGACGCCGGCAUCGACGUGACCAACGAGCACCUGGUGGACGGCUUCCACGGCUGCAUGGUGUACUCCCAGCUGCCCAUGCUGUCCGGCGUCGGCCAGAGGAGCCUGGCCAGCUACGCUCGCUGGCUGGACCAGAACCUGUAGGUGAGCGCGUCCGUCCUGGAGCCACCAAAGAAGAAGAGCAGCAGAGGUCCGAGACCUCCGAGCUGCAUCUGCAGGGAAAAACAGAAAACGUAGCUUUAUCUCAGAAGAUCUCAGGUUCGAUUCCCUGUGUGGCUGCUCCCUGACAGAGGAGCACAGUCCUGGGCGUCCUCCAUGUUUUUGAUGUUUCUCGCUCCAGCACCCCUGAAUCUGGUGAUGAAUGUAUCUUGUCUGAUAAGAAUCUGCUCAGGUGAUCUGGUGUGUUGGUGCAGGGGCUCGCUGAGUUGAGGCUCUUCCUUAAUCUACAAAAAUAACAUUAUCAUCAUUUAAAAAGGCCAAAAUCAAGUCUUGCGAUUUUCAUGUUAAUCUUGAUAGUAUGACCAACUUGGAAAUUUGAUCUGUUUGAGGUGUUAUGCUGCCAUUCAUCAUAAAGAAAUACUAUUUUUAAUCCAGCUCCACACAUACUGCCGCUUUGACAAGUCAAAAUUGCUUCACUGAGCUCUCUUUUAGUCUUGUCUCAUCUGAUAACACUGUGGAUGUUUUCAGUUUGACAGUAUGUUUGAACACAUUGAAGCGUCGAUAGUAUUUUCAUGUUUCACUCCUUCACAGUUGUGACUGCUGCCGAGUCUCAGCUCAUGGAGUUUUUCUAGUGUCUAGUAAUUUGUAUGGAUUUGAUUUGUGAAAUCAUUUUUCAGUUUUGGAGUUUCCUGUAACUUUAGAAGUGAGGAAAUUCCUGCUUUGACAGCAUUUGGUUAAAAGUCUGAACUUUCCCACCCCCCAGUUACACUUUCCUGGAUGGAAGUCAAAACUUCCUCGUUUUAAAAGUUUUCUGCACGUGUUUUUAGUAUUUUACUGACAGAUAAAAUCAAGCUUUUUGUCAAGCCCUCUAUUAUUAUACCCCCUUCUAUUUUCACAUUUGGAAGCAACAAACAAACCAAAAAACUGUCAUUAUUUUACCCUGAAACCUUUGUUUUUAAUAGCAGAAUUAGAAAAACCGCUUUUUUGUGAAACUGUUCAAGGUCAAACUGACUUUCAGAUUCAACGGUGUGGGUCAAAUUGUGUUUUCUAGUUUAUUAAUGUAAAAUGUUUGCUGCAUACAAAUGCUGUGAAACUACAAAACUACAUUCUCCCUGUUUUCUAUGACAUUUAUUCCAAAUUAAUCAAUUCAUCAACGUCAGAUUGCCUCGUUAAACAUUUUAAAUCUAUAUUUUAUCUGCAGCCAAAGUGUGAACAUCAUAUAAGGCUGUUAUAAAUCAAGUCAGUUUUCAUUAUGAAAAACUCUUAAACACUGGAACCAUAUUCAUUUAAAAAAAAAAAAAAAAAAAAAGUGUAACUGAAUGCAAAACUUUCAGACGGAGGCAGUGUGCUCAUGGCUUAUUGUUUUUGUUGGAGAUACAGUCGUGAAUGUGGAACUCGCAAUACUGCAACUUCUGGUACAGCUGCAGAGUUGUCGAUGCGCUCAGUCCUAUAAAAAGCACUUUCAAAGAGAAAUAAAAAGCAGAUGACCUCAAAUCUGUCAGAAAGGCCGUGAAUAAACUGCUCUUGACAGUAAUGGGGGAUUUUUGGAAGUUCUUACCGCUAAAAGAAACCUGAACCGCUGACUUUUGGCUGCAGUUAAGUGCAAUAAUUCAAAGAGACAAGAGCUCUGUCUGCUCGCUUCACUCACCAGGAUCGCUUUUUAACUGCUUACUUUGCUCUAAUCUCAUGGCUCAUUUGCGUGGUCAAUACCUUCACACCAGAAUCCUAAAGCCACUGGACAUUAAUAAUGACCUGUGAGCUUAAAUUGACCCAAAUAAAGCGUGUACCAUCUUUACCGUAAAAUAACGACGUAUCACUGACGUAUCCACUUAUUUCGCUAAACCCCUAUUAUGGGUCUUAUUAAAUGGAAUUCAGCGCCAAUGUAACCGUUACCGUAUUUUCUAGAAUAUAUUUCACAUUGGUGGAAAAAAUGCUUCAUAAAGAGGGAAAAGUAAUACAAGUUCCCCCAGCAUUCUAUUGUCAUACAGUGACAUCUAGUGGACCUAAAUGAUAUGUAACCACCCCCACCCACAACUUAGAAUUUGAAUAAAAUGGUAUCAGUAUGUUUUUGUUGUUGUUGCAAAGCUGCUGUCUCUCUCUCUCUGCUCAUGAAGCUGCUUUCAAGUAUUUUCAGACUCUGUUGUCUCCAGUAAAUAGUGAAUCUGUUACAAUUUCAACAAACUCCUGUUUACUGGAGGACGUACAGAACCGUCACUCGGCUUGUUGUGCGUUAUCGUCUUGAUCUAAAAAAGAGUUGUAGAGCUGCUAUCUCUCAAUGAACUGAGGAAUUUUGGCGUUUCCCUCGUGUCUUCUCUUUUUUUUUAAUCUGAGUUUUUAACUAAUCAAAUUAACUGUAUUAAAUUAAAAAAACUGUUGAUGUUAAAAUUAUAAAGUGUGCCCAGUUAGAUAAUAUAAGUCACGCAGGCUUUUGAAGGGAAAAGCUCCAGACGUCUCCUCAUUUUAUGUAUCUGCAGACACUUUGGGAUGGAUAUGGCAUGGAUACAUGUUAUUUUGGUCUUUUAGAGUUGUCUUUGCACUUUUUCUACAAAAAACAGUGGAUUUAUGUCGGCGUGUCCCUCUGCACACGAGGAAUGCGAUCCCUGGCAGCCGCACCAUGCAGAACACUGGCAGCAUUUUUCAUUGAGCUCCUCAUCAAAAAAAAAAAAAAAAAAAA